CUCAAGGACCUCAAUGACAAAUAGUCAAUUUCCUCUUCCGAUACGCCUCUCCAGGGCGCGAUUUUUUCCGUCCCCUCUGGCGCACCCAUGGCUUCUCCGUAUCUCCUUCACCGUCUCACCGCCGACGAGAUCUUCCAAACUCUAGAGGCUUCCUCCUCCACGUCCUCCUCAUGCUACGAUGCCUUCGUGCCGGUGUUCCGCCCAGAUCCCUCGGCCUCCUCCCUAUCCGUGUCGGCGGCCGACCGCGUCCGGAGCCAGUUCCUCUCCGUGGAGCGCGACCUCUUCCACGACGCACUCGUCGCGCCCAGGAAUGACGACCUCGGCUUCCCCGAGGAGAACGAUGAGGAGGAGGAGGCCUCGAUCCGGUGGGAUUGCUUCCAAUUGGACGAGGAGGAGGAGCCAGAUCUGCCGCUGGAGGCUUCCGUACCAGCCGAGGAAUUCGACUGGGAGGAAGUCGCGUUCGCCUCCGGACCCUUGGUGGAGAAUCCGGAGCCCGACUGGGAGAUGCUCGGCGACAUGCCGCCCAACGCUCCCGCCGGCGCUAACGAGGGUUUCGUGUACACCUCUGACAGGGAGGCGUAUGAGGUGCUCGUCGCUGUUGGGGAUGGGCUUUUCCUCACCAACAAGCCGCCGGCAGCCAGGUCGGCUGUCAAGGCGCUGCCAUCCGCCAUCGUCGCCGCUGGCGAGGAAGGGGAGGGCGAGGAGUGCUCCGUGUGUAAGGACGGGGUUGUGGCGGGGGAGCGCGUCAAGAUGAUGCCUUGCUCCCAUCGGUACCAUGAGGAAUGCAUCCUUCCAUGGCUUGAGGUGCGCAACUCCUGCCCACUCUGCCGCUUUGAGCUGCCGACCGACAAUCCCAAGUACGAGAACUGGAAGGCUGGACAAGCCAUGGCUGCCUGAAUGAGUUGUGCGGCAAUGGUAAGCUUUACUCCUAUAUGGUUUUACAUAGAGUUGUAUGAUUUGGUUUGGGAAUCGAUCGGUCUAAUUAGGAAACUAUACCCAGUUGUAUGAAGGAAAACAGAGAGGUAGUUGCAGAUAUGGUUUUGUGCAUUUUGAUCUGUUACUGUUCGCAAGAGAGAUCUCUGUUAUUUCGAUGCUGCAAGGAUUAUACAUAUUUUAAUGCUAUAUAUACAAUGUUGUAUCUGUUCUAAAUUUA